AUGUCUUUCACAUUUACUGAGACCGCCACCGAGUCCUCGGAGCAGCUGGCUACAAUGCCACAGAUCAUGUCGGAAACUAUGCCGCGCCCGUAUGUGACAGCGGGCCCAAGCUGGACUCUCGAUAAUUACCACCACUCUUCUCGAGGCCCAGCUCCUGUCCAUCACCAACACCAGAUGUCUUCUCCAGCUAACUUUGCUCCUGUUAAUCCUGGACACCUUCGAUCUUCACAACCGCACCAUCCGCAGGGACAACCGAGUGGUAAUUUUUACCAAUACACCGAUAUGUCAAGUUCUAUGCCGCAGAAUUUGCAUCAUCCACCUUCGCAAGGGCUGCAUUCUCACUACUCUGUUGGUAACAUGGUUGGCCAUGGUGAUAUGGUUGGCCAACAAGGAUAUUCAUCUCGGGCCCAAUCCUUUUCUUCACAGGCUGGCGAAAGAUUGGACAAUAUUCAAGGCCGUCAAGUGACACAUCCUACACGGCUCUUCUCAGUACCAGACGAUCAACCAACCUUUUUACAUGACCAGCGCAGGCCUUCGAUUGAUGUGUCAACCGUUCCGAGAAUCACGGAGUGUCACUUCAACCCAACUGCUACGGCCAAUGGUGGACUGCUUGAUCCAAAUAGUCCAAUGGUGUCUCCUACUGAACCGAGGCCUGAUCCCAUGAGGAUAUCUGAUAUUCUUAGUACCGGCGAAGGCAACAACAUGCCUACGAGUAGCGAAAACCGUGCGGGAGAUAUCCAUCAUAUAUUGAAGAUCCGCCAGCAGCCAACUGCCGCUCGAUCGUGCGGAUUUGGAGAACGGGACCGAAGAGUAAUCGACCCACCGCCAAUUGUUCAGCUCUCAAUUGAAAGUCCUCGUCUUUCCAGAGAAGAAAUAUCUAAGGAAAUUCGCUAUCCUCAUUAUGUCAUGAGUUGCUCGAUUUUGGACGAAACAGGGUCUCACGAUGCGUCGUUUAUGCCUGAGGAGUAUCGGCACCAACGCCGACUCAUGGGCUUACUGGUUAGCUCUCCUUUUGUGGGCAAGGAUGAACACGGCGAAGAGGGAUGUUUCUUCUGCUUUCCAGACCUGUCCUGUAGAACCCCCGGAUCGUUUCGCCUCAAAUUCAGCUUAGUCAGGAUUGACCCCCUACGCGCAAGAGAGAUCAAGAAUUUCCCAGCGCUUGUUACAGCUCGGAGCGAUACUUUUACUGUUUAUACGGCGAAGGACUUUCCAGGGAUGCAGGCAAGUACGCAGCUGACGAAACGCUUGAAGGAGCAAGGUUGCAUAAUCUCCAUAAAGAAAGGCAACGACCGUUCCAAGAAUGCAAGAGGGCAUGACGAUUCCAGCGAUGGCGAUCAAGAGGAUGGCGAUGCUGCUACGCAAGGCAAGAGGCGACGGCGUUCAACGCGGCAAUGA